GGCGAUUCGGGCUUAGGGGGCGGGCGCCUAGGGAGGUCUCGGGAGACCACCCCGCCACUGGACGGAGAGGAGCGGGUUUUAAACCCUGCGAGUUUUAAUUAAGUUCUCCACGUUGUGCCGACUUCGUCCGUGUAUCCGUUUUUCGCGGUGAGAUUGCGGCGAACGUGCGGGGCGGCCCAGGCCUGCUGAGGCCGCAUGUCUGUUGCUCGCGCACCAGCGGCUAAGACGAACGGCACCAGCUGAAAAACCAACCGACCCGGACAAAAAAGAGAUGCGACCCGAGCUGACCCCCGAGACGGGCUCGCCGUCGCAAGGAAAGCAGGCGCCGGCCCGGCGCCGGGCCUGGCUGCACACCCCCGACGAGCCCGAGACGCUGUGGCGCGUCGUCGAGGUCGUCGCGGUCGCGCGCGACGAUGGCGACGGCGCGGCGCGGCCGACCGUCGACGACGGCGCGGGCGCGCCGUUCGAGGUCGACGCGGCGCGGCUGACGGACUACGACGCGACGUUCGAGGACGAGGCGCUCUGCGCGGACCUGUCGAACCUCGCGUCGCGCGCGGCGCGGGACGCGGCGCCUUCCGGGGGGAGGGCCGGCUCGCGAAGAGACUGCCGGGGUCACCGGUCCAGUCGCGCGCAGGUCGCUCGACGCGGCGCCGCUCGUGCUCGGCCUCCGCCGGCGCUUCGAGCAGGAGACGACGUACACGCGCGUCGGCCCGGUGCUCAUGGCGGUCAACCCGAACCGGGUGCUGCCCGAGAAGCCCGGGCCGCACGUGACCGACGUCGCGCUCGCCGCCAUGCGCGGCGCGGUGGACGAGGGUCGGUCUCAGGCGGUCGUCAUCUCCGGCGAGUCGGGCGCGGGGAAGACCGUCUCGGCCACGAAGAUCAUCGAGUUCCUCAUCAGCCGGAGCAGCCACGACACGGGCCGCAAGAGCUUCGAGCGCCGCGAGCUCGCCAAGGAGGAGCUCCUGUCGCGCCUCAAGGCGUCGAUUCCGGCGCUCGAGGCGCUCGGCAACGCCGGCACGGCGCUCAACGAGAACUCGUCGCGCUUCGGCAAGCUCGUCAAGCUCACGUACGACGGCGCCGGCCGCGCGCGCGACGUCGUCGGCGCGCACGUCGAGGAGUUCCUGCUGGAGAAGGCGCGCGUCGCGCGGCGCGCGCGCGGCGCCGGCGAACGCAACUACCACUUCCUCUGCCAGCUGGCGGCGGCCGCGGGCGCCGGCGCGACGUACGCGCCGCCGGCGACGCUCGCCGCCGGCGACGCGGACGCGCUCGCGGCGACCGAGCAGAGCUUCCGCGACUGCGGCGUGCCCUGGGACGACCUCAAGCUGCUCCGGACCGUGGGCGAGGCCGUGCUCCGCCUCGGCGACGACGACGUCGACGGCGCGGCGCGGCGCCUCUCGGUGGAGCCCGGCGCGCUCCGGCGCGCCCUCGCGCAGCGGACGUGCGCCGGCGCGGGCGUCGGCGACGCCGACGUCGGCGUGCCGUACGAGCCCGUCGAGCGGACGCGCGUCGUCGACGCGCUCGCCAAGGCGCUCUACGCGGCGCUCUUCUCCGCGGCCGUCGCCGGCGUCAACGCGGCCCUGGCCCGGCCGCUCGCGGACUGCCGCCCGCCGGGCGCCGCGGGCGCCGCGGGCGCCGCGGGCGCGGCGCCGCCGCCGCCGCCGGGGACGGCGGCGUUCGUGGGCAUCCUCGACAUCUACGGCUUCGAGAUCUUCGCGGCCAACGGCCUCGACCAGCUGCUGAUCAACUUCGCCAACGAGGUGCUCCAGCGCAACUUCGACGACUGCCUCCUGGCCGCCGAGGCCGCGCGCUACGACGCCGACGCCGUGCCGUGGGCGUCGCUGGACCUCGCGCGCACGCUCAAGUCCUCGGCGAUCGUCGACCUCGUCACCAAGGCGCCCCGGGGCCUGCUGCCGCUGCUCGACGAGCAGGUCAAGCUCGGGAACCGCGGCUCGGACGCCGCGUUCCUCACGCAGGCCGACAAGGCGCACCGCGCCUCGGGCGUCUACGCCAAGCCGCGCCUCGACCGGAACGCGUUCGUCGUCGCGCACUACGCGGGCGCCGUGACGUACGACCCCGCCGGGUUCCUCUUGUCGAACUCGGACCCGCUCCCGGCCGACGUCGCCGCCGUCUUCGCGCGGAGCGCCAACCCGGGCGUCGCGGCGCUCGUGGCCGGCGCGUCGUCCGGCGACAAGGCCGCGCCGGGCGGCCUGCCGUCGCUGCGCGACGUGGCGCGCGCGUCCGCCGCGUCGCACGCCGUCGUCGCGACGCUGGCGGCCGCCGCGCCGCGCAAGGCCCUCCCGCAGCUGCGCGAGAGCACGAGCCGCGUCUUCCGCGGCCAGAUGAAGCAGCUCGAAGCGACGCUCGCGAGCUGCGCGCAGCCGGCGCACUACGUCCGGUGCGUCCGCCCGAACGCGGCCAAGCGCGCCGACCGCUUCGACGCCGCGCUCGUGCUGCGCCAGCUCCGCGCGUCCGGCAUCAUGGACCUCGUCAAGAUCCGCGCGCUCGGCUUCCCCGAGCGCGUGUCCGCGAAGGCCUUCGCCGAGGAGUUCGCGCCGCGCGCCGACGCGGCCGAGGCGCGCGCGCUCGACGCCGCGCUGGCGGCCGCGGGCGGCGCCGGGGCCCUGCUCGAGGCGCGCGCCGCCGCGCGCGGCGCGCGCGCGCGCCGCGCCGCGGCCGUCGCCCGCGGCCGGGGCCUCGACGACGUCGCGUUCCGCGCGCCCGAGCCGCUCGCGCUGCCCGACGCCGCCGACGCGCUCGCGGCGGCCGCGGCGCGCGCGCUCGCCGCGGCGCGCCUCGGGCCCGCGGCGACCGACGCCGCGCCGGACGGCCCGUGGUGCGUCGGCGCCGCCAGCGGCCUCGUCUACCUCAAGAAGGGCAGCCUGGCCGCGCUCCGCGCCGCCGACCGCGACCGCGACGCCGCCUCGCGGCGCGCGUGGGCGGCGCUCGUCGCCGAGGGCCGCCGCGUCGCCGCGGCCGAGGCGGCGGCCGCGCGCGUCGCGACGGCCCUCGGCGCGCGGCGCCGCGGCCAGCUCGUGCGGCGCGACGUCGCGCGCGCCGCGCUGGCGGCGGCGGUCGACCGCGCGCGCCUGGCGGUCCCGCGCGCGCGCGCGGCGGUCGACGAGGGCCGCGCCGCCGCGCGCCGGCUCGUCGGCUGGGCGGACCACCCGCACGGGGCGGUCGCGGCGCUCGAGGACGACGCCGACCGCGCGCUCGCCGACGCCGAGGGCGAGGCGGCGCGCGCGCGCGCGACGCUCGCCGAGGCGGCGCUCGCCGGCGAGGCGGCGGUCGACGCCGCGCGCCGCGUCGACGGCGCGGUCGCGGCGCUCGACCGCGCGGCGCGGGCGUUCCGCGACGAGGCGGCGGCCGUGCUCGCCGCGACGGCAGAGCUCGCGACGCUCCUGGGCGCCGAGCAGCGCCGCCGCGCGGCCUCGCAGGCCUUUGCGGCCUGCGCGGCGGCGACCGCGCCGUGGCGCGCCGCGCUCCGCGGCGACGAAUUCCUCGUGUCCGCGGCCGACGUCUCCCUCCUCGAGAAGCCCUCGCUCUUCGGCGGCCGGAAGAGGACGGCCGCGACCGCGCUCGUCACGCACCGCGGCCGCGUCCUCGUCGUCGCCGCGGCGUCGCGCGCGGUCCGCCACCGCGUCGCGCGCGGCGACGGUGUCGUCGCCGUCGGCGCGGCGCCCGCGCCGGGCGGCGGGUGCUGCGCCGCGCCGGCGGCGGUCGUCGGCCGCCCGGGCCCCGACGAGCCCUGCCUCGUGACGCUCCAGCCCCUCGGCGCCGCCGGCCGGAACGUCAAAGCCGCGCCCGCCUUCGUCGACGGCCGGCCGCGCGCGGCGCGCGGCUGGACCGCCGUCGCCGGCCUCCUCAACGACCCCGCCUUCGCGCCGCCGGCGCCCGCCGAGAUCAUCCGCCUCCGAGCGCGCCUCGCCUCGGCGGACGAGUGAUGUCGCCCCCCUCCUCUCCCUCGCCCCUCCCCAGCCUGUAAACUCCCGUCCACUGUCGAUUGCCGGGCUCUCUAGCAGAUGCGCAAGUAGAUGCGCCGUGACUCGGAAGGGUAUUUUGCUUAGGACACGAUCAGUUACCCGAUUUCAGUUGGUGGAAAGUGCUCAACUACGGUGAGCCGGGCCGGGCAGCCUCCCCGAACCCAGAUAAGCAUUUCCAAUGGGACUGACGUGUAACAAGCUCACUUGGGACCGUGGGACAUGCCCCUGGGGCAUGGGCUUGGCCACAUCCUGCCCAUAGUCCAAAACGCGUCUGCCGCGUCCACCCUUGACUCACGCGUUUUACCUUUCCACCCCAGGGGUCAUUACCCGGUAGCCAAAAAUCGACUCCGGUAAUUACCGGUAAUUUCCACUACCGGUAAUUACCCUGGUAAUCAUGAUUUGAUUGCCUACUAUAGUUCUAGUGCAUCCAUCCCCAGGUGCUAGCGCCCCCAAAACCCGAGUAACUAGCUACACCAUUCAUUUUAGACAAACCGCCUUUACCGUCGCUGGGGCAUCAAGACGGCGCGCGAGUACGCCCGGAUCAAGAUCGACGGCUCGUCGGCGGGAACCCGGACUUCACCAACGCGCCCGGGCAAGGCGACGACGACGCACGCUUCUACGACCGGCAGCAAGCUUACGUACACACUCGCGGGGGAUAGCUUCCCCGACACCCCUCCCUAGGCGCGCGCCCCCCCAACCCGAAUUGACUAUAGCAUUAACUUUUACUCUUUAGACUCUGUAUAGCUGUGGGCGCGCUGUUCAUAACGUCCGCAGGCACCAAACGCCGGGAUGAGCGACGCGUACGUUUCCUCACCGAAAGAAUUUCUGAGCAAUCAUUUGCGCACAGGGGGGCUCAAGAGCGGAAGCAGAAGGAUGACGCUGUGCGGACGACAAUCAUGCAGAAGCUCGUCGAGACCGGCGAGAAAGAGCGUCUCAAGGAGCUGCUGCGGCAAAAACUCAUCGAAUGUGGCUGGCGGGACGAACUCAAAGAAUAUUGUAAAGGUGCGCGCGCGCUCCUCGCGCCCCGUAAGAUGACGUGCUUUUGUGCAGAGGUGAUUCGGAGCAAAGGCCUGGAAAAGAUUACCGUCGACGAGCUAGUCGCGGAAAUUACGCCCCGCGGCCGAGGUGCGUUCCUUGUGUGUCGCGCGACGCGCGACGCGCGGCCCCGCAGCGACGGUGCCCGACGAGGUCAAAACGGAACUUCUACAGAGCAUCCGAAAAUUCCUCCAGGUGCGUCGACGGAUGUGCGUUUGCGUUACCUUCGUUGUCACAGGCCACGUAGACAAGGAGCAUUUUGCCAGUCCAUUUUACAGCGGGCGCGUCCAGGCGAACCACGGCGUUUUUAGUCAAUCUAGCGUCCCGUCGCCAUCGUCUCCGCCCUCGGAUGUGUGCUGCUGGCCUUUCUUUGGAAAUGGGGGAUUUAUAACUUGGAAUACUAGAA